AUGCAAACUUCAUUUUACACCCUCCACUUUAUGCCUACUUAGAAGUCACGCCCAUCUGCUCUGGUUUUUUAUUUUGGUUCGCCUUCUAGCCCGGAAAUUACUAAUGCAACCGCCGUCGACCCAUCAUCGGCGACCGCCGGCGAUUGUUCCGGCCUCAACCCACCGUCGGCGACCGCCGGAAUCAGAUGUUUUGGCGUUGUUAAUUUACUGGCAAAAGGUAUUUUAUCAUCGAAUAAAGCUGUUAAUUAUAUUUCAUUGGGUGAUUUCCAUUUUGUGAAUCAAUCCGGUCGGUUAUUUUUUUCUUCUUACCCGGCCCGUUUCUUGCCCUAUAUAAUCGCGGACAAACCCUAGAUCUCACUAUUUCUUUUGAGCUCUGCGAAGGGCGAAGGAAAUCUGCUGGAGGUUCGGAGCUCUUCUCGGAUCGUCGGCGCCGGAGAGUAAGAUACCUAGUUGGCCAGAGGUUGGACGCACAUCGAGCCCAAGGUUUUCUCCUCUUCUCUUCUUCUUUCUCUCAUUCAAAUACCUAAGAUCUCUCUUCGUUUUGAUCGUUUUCGGUUUCUGCUUUGCGCCGAUUCUGCAUUCCUUCCUUUCUCUUCCAUAUAUACUGGAUUUCUCUCUAGUUUUCAGAUCUCUACUGUUGCUUUGCAGAGCAGUACCGGCUUUACAGAAUUUCUCCCUCUCAUUCAUAUACUGUAUCUGUCUUGCUUUGAUCGUUUUACAUUCCUGCUUGAUUAUACAUGUUUAUAAUAAUUCCCACGGUAAUUGGAUGUAAUGGAACGUCGAUUGACCUUGAUUGAAACUGUGUUUUAUCCCAGGAUGAGUGAUUUCAAGCAUAUUGGGGAGGUUAAUGAAAUUAUUCUGGAUGAGUGAUUUCAAGCAUAUUGGGGAGGUUAAUGAAAUUAUUCUGACUGUUGUGGAUGUCGAAAUCCAUGAGCUGAAAUAUCAAGGAAUGAGGCAUAGGCUUUCACACAUUAAGGACCUUCUUCCUGGUGCAAACCCCCUCAAUGCAACAAAAUUGAAUGAAGAAAUUCAACACAUAACUCGAGAUCUCGCCACUGUUGAGGAGGAACUCAAUGAAUCAAAGAAUCCCUUGUCUAGUUUGGGUCCGAUUACUUUGAUGCUGUGAAAUAUAUGAGGUAUCCGUUUUCUGUUCCUUCUGAGGUUUCUCCUGGUGCUAGUGGACCCAUUACCGGAGGGUCUGUAGCCAAAGCGCCUGCUGUUCCUAUUGAUGUUCUGGCUGGUCCUAAUGAACCUAUUACCAGAGGGCCUGCAACCAAAGGACCUGCUGUUCCUAGUGAGGUUCCACCUGUUGCUAAUGAACCUAUUACCAGAGGGCCUGCAGCCAAAGGACCUGCUAUUCCUAGUGAGGUUCCGCCUGUUGCUAAUGAACCUAUUACCAGAGGGCCUGCAGCCAAAGGACCUGCAUCCAGAGCUCCAGCAGCCAAAGGGCCUGCAUCCAGAGGACCUGCUGGCAAGGCGCCAGUUACUGUCAAUGAGCCUGCUGGCAAAGGGCCAAUUGGUGAUGGGAAGCAGGGCUCACCAUGGUUUCCAUCCGAGGAGCUGAAGCUUUUAAAUGCAAUAGAUGUAGAAUCUCCAGAUGAUUUUGGAAAGAUUAAGAGAAAUCAUUUUCCAGGCCCUACAAGAACAGUCGGUAGUUAUCGGACUAAGUGGCAGAAGAUGAGGAAAUUCAAAGAGGAGGAAAUCAAUGCACUUCCAUCGGACAUUGGAAAUCUGCUGCGUGUUCUUAUUCAGAAAUAUCCACCACCUGCAAAAUGAGGUAAACUUUGGUUCUUGUCUUUCCCAAUUUGAUUGCCAAUUUAGCAAAACUAUACCAGUUCAAAGUCCUUUACAUAAGAAAUUCUGUUAUUUGAUAAAGGUUUGUAAGAGGGUUUUCGAGCAAUAGCUGCUUCUCAAGCCAUUGGAAAAAGGCAUGGAUUACGAAACCGUACCGGCCAUCAAACCGGAAUCGUUUUUGGCAUGGUAAAUCGUGGUACAACCAUGGUUCAACCGUUUCCUACCGGCAAAUACCGUUUUUGGAAUAAAAAAUUUAUUUUUUUGUUAAAAAACCGUGCCGACAAAAUUAGGGUACCAUACCGGGAAAAUACCGGAAUAAAACCGGAUUAUACCGCCUGAGAAACUGUAAAAGAGUAAAUAAGCUUAGGUAACAUUCAACAAAGUGCGAGAUUUCAAUACCUAAUAAACCUCAUAAUCAUCCAAAUACAUUUUUAGAAAUUAGUACAAAAACCACAAGCUUAAUGUUCACAAACCACAAGCUUAAUGUUCCACAAACCACAAGUUUAAACUUUAAUGUUCACAAACCACAAGUUCAAUGUCUCAAACUAGAAAAUAGAAACUACUAAUUGGAUCUUUUGUUUGAAAUCAAAUCCAUAUCUUCAAGCAACUCCAAAUGUAGAAAAGUCAACAUUCGGGAACUCGUCUCCUUCAUCUUCUUCAUCACUAACUACAAUACAAAAAAAAAAAAAAACAAGUAAGAAACAUUAUAAAUUAUGACGUAUUAGAAUUCACAUCAUAAUAACUAAUUCACACACCUUCCUCUGCAAGUGCUCGAUCAAGCUCAUCAAUAUCCAAUUCUUUGUCUUUAGAAGAUGCCCCUUCAUUCUCUUCUAUCAACCACUCAGUAGUAAUAUCAGAAUGAAUGCUUUCAAGAGAAAUGGGAUCAUAUGAUUCUUUGUUCUUCAUGGCAUAAUACUCUCUGGUCAAAGUGGAAUGCAUAUAUUGAUUCAGUUCAAUAGUAAAUAUAAAAACUAGAA